AUGGGUAUUUCAAAUCAUUAUUUUUGGCUCUCGGCAACAUUUUGGAUGAACUGUUGUACCAUAGUUUUGUUUAUGAAAUUAUCUUUCCCAUUACAUUCUCGAGCUUUUACAACUAAAUAUAUUUUACUAAGAAGUAGUUUAUAUUCUACCAUUACACCAUUAGUAAUUGUAGUCAUCACCAUUGUAGUCAAUAUGAGUAAUAAUGGUACAAUAGGCUAUGGUAAUAGGGCAAUGUGCUAUAUUAACGAUGCCAAUUAUAGACGCUAUGCUUUCGCCUUACCCCUGGGUUUACUGAUUAUCACAAAUGUUGGAUUGUUCAGUUAUACUUUCAUUAAAAUCAGAGUGGAUCAGGUUGAAUCAACCAUAAACAAAGAAAAUAAAAUAAAUAUAUUGGCCUGUUUAAAACUCUCGGUAAUUACAGGUGCUGCUUGGAUUUUUGUCUUUAUUUAUGAAGCGACUGGUGCCAUAGUUUUUGCGUACCAUUUCACAUUUUUAGUGGGAGCACAAGGGGUUGUCAUUUUCUUGACUUUUGUUGUCAAUAAACGUGUUUGUAUGUCUUGUAAGGAUAAACUUCACCGUACAUCAGACUCUGGUAGUAGUGGUAUAUCUAAACAGAAAAAAUAUGUAGUGAAAUCUACCGGUGAAAGUCCAUUGCCAAGUUUAUCUAAAAGUAAAUCUAGUACUGAUUCAGAUACGGGCCAAACUGCAAAACUCCGACCACCUUUACCCAACUUCAACGAUGAAGCGGUUUAG